ACUUUGGUUGACAUUAGGAAUUAAAAUUCAAAUGUUUUUUUAUUUUCUAUUGUUGACUUUAUGUGCUGCAUCAAUCUACAACGCGUAAGCCAAUCAACAUAUCAAUAUCCUCCCAAAAGUACACCAUUCAAUCACCACCACCACUCAUUUCUCUGUCUUACUAGUACUGCUUUUUUUGUUUUAUCACUUAACUUGCAUAACACAAACCAAUUGCUCAGAAGCUCUCCCUUUGACACAUUUUUGUAAGAUUUUUCUAAUCUUUUGCUUGCAAUUGUUCUGUCACUUUCAUGUAAUUGAACUAGAGUCAUCUUUCUUGCACAUGCUUUUGCCUAGUUAUAUUAGAGGAGCCGGGUCCAAUUAGAACAACCUUAUCAAUAUUACGCGUAUUGAAUCUACUUACUCAUGCAAAGAAAAUGCAAUAUAUGUGUGAAUAGAAACUUCAUGCUUGAUUCUCUUUUAUUUACACUUUCCUAUCUAUUUUUCAUUCAUCACUAUAUAAUAUCAUGCCCUUUUAGCCUACAACCCAAAAGCUACCAAAGCAAGUGAAUAAACAAAAAGAAAUUAAAAUCAUCAAUCAUGUCUUCUUCUUGUCUUGUUUUGUUUCUUCAUUUUCUCAUCCUUUUUAGAUUUAGUUCCUCAUCUCAUGCUUCUUCUGUCUAUGACUCAUUCGUCAGUUGCCUCGCCUCCAAAUCAAUUGCACAAUCAGAAAUCUCAAAAAUCGUCUAUUCCCCAAAAAACUCCUCUUUUAACUCCAUUUUACAAGCCUAUAUCAGAAACCGUCGAUUUUUCAACUCCUCCACAACUUCCAAACCGGUCAUCAUCGUCACCCCUACGAAAGAAUCCCAUGUUGCCAAUGCUGUCCUUUGUACCAAAGAGACUAAUUUACAGCUUAAAAUUCGCAGUGGCGGCCAUGAUUAUGAAGGCAUUUCGUAUAUCUCAGAUGGCCCUUUUGUUAUGCUUGAUAUGUUCAAUCUCCGCUCAAUUUCUAUAAAUGUCAAAGAUGAGACCGCUUGGGUACAAGCAGGUGCUACUUUAGGGGAACUUUACUACAACAUUUGGAUGAAAAGUGAAGCUCUUGGUUUUCCGGCGGGUGUUUGCCCUACUGUUGGUGUUGGUGGACAUGUCAGUGGAGGUGGAUAUGGGAACAUGCUUCGUAAGUUUGGACUCACUAUAGAUAAUGUAUUGGAUGCUCGACUGGUGGAAGUUAAUGGUAGAAUUCUUGACAGGAAAACUAUGGGUGAAGAUGUAUUUUGGGCAAUUAAAGGGGGUGGUGGUGCUAGUUUUGGUGUUAUUUUAGCCUUCAAAAUUCAACUUGUUCGGGUCCCAGAAACCGUGACUUACUUCAGAGUUGAAAGGGUUUUAGACCAGAAUGCUACCGACUCUGUUGUCCAAUGGCAGAAUGUUGCUAACAAAAUUGACAAUGAUCUCUUCAUGAGACUACUUAUACAACCCAUUACAGUAAAAAGCAAAAACAAGGCCAAGGGAGCAAAGAACACAAAGACAAUACGAGCAACAUUUAUAGCAUUGUUCCUCGGUGAUUCUAGUAGAUUAAUGUCUCUCGUAAAUAAAGAAUUCCCUGCUUUGGGAUUAACAAAGCAAGAUUGUUUACAAAUGAGUUGGAUUGAUUCAGUCCUGCGGUGGGCAAAUUUCGACAACACGACAAACCCAAAUGCCUUGUUGGACAGAAAAGGGGAUCCAUUAAAUUUCUUGAAAAGAAAAUCGGAUUACGUACAAGAGCCAAUUCCUAAAGAUGGAUUGGAAUCAAUUUUCCAGAAGAUGAUUUCUAUGGGAAAAGCAGGAUUAGUUUUCAAUCCUUAUGGAGGAAGAAUGGCUGAAAUUCCCGAAGACGAAACUCCAUUUCCUCAUAGGGCAGGGAUUCUUUUCAAGAUUCAGUACUCAGUAAAUUGGAAUGAACUAGGAGUUGCGGCAGAAAAAGACUACCUUUCACAGAUAAGAGAUUUGUAUAGCUUUAUGACCCCAUAUGUUUCAAAGAACCCCAGACAAGCCUAUUUAAAUUACAGAGAUCUUGAUAUUGGUACAAAUAAUCAAGGUCCACAAAGCUUAGAAAAAGGAAGGAUAUAUGGGAUCAAGUAUUUCAAGAACAAUUUCAAUAGGUUGGUGAAAGUGAAAUCAAUGGUGGAUCCACAAAAUUUCUUCAGAAAUGAGCAAAGUAUUCCUACUCAAACUCACUCUAUUCAUGCGCAAGGGGCAAUGAAACGUAGGAAGAUGUUCUAAUCCAGUGGUGCCUCGCAGAGGGACUAGGGUGGCUCAUGCUAUCAACUAGGUUGGACUUUGUUUUUUUAAGGGGUUGUUUUAACUUAUUUUAAUAUUUGGAAAUUUUAUGAUUGAGAAAAUUAAAUCAGAAA